AUGACCCCGAAGCCCAGAUUGCAUCCAUUCCGACCGUAUCUAUGCCCCAGCUGUCAAACCCGACCUCGAGCCCAAUUCCAACCGCGGCGGCGGACCUUUGCAACCUCCCCGCGCAUCCAUGCCGCCGCCAGUACACCCGCUUCGAGUCAGGCAAAAUAUGUGCAACUCACGAACCGUACUCUCCUUCGACUUGCCGGGCCCGAUGCCGCAAUAUUCCUACAUAAUCUCAUUCCGGCGAAGAUCCUAGACACCGGAAACACGAGGCCUAUCUACACCGCAUUCCUGUCAGCGCAUGGCCGCAUCCUCAAUGAUGUAUUCAUAUACCCUCCCGCCAAGGGCACUAAUGGCGAAGAGUGGUUCAUCGAGGCCGACUCGCAGAGCGCAGGCGAUCUCCUCAAGCACUUGCGCAAGCAUAAACUGAGGUCAAAGUUCAAGCUGGAAAAGGUAGACCCGGAGAAAGUAGGGUUAUACUACGCAUGGCCCGGGGAAGGCGAUGGAGAGGGGGACGUUUUGGGCGAUUCAGAGAACACUAGGCGGAUAGGAGGACAAGACCCUCGGCCGGGAAUGGGCUCACGAUGGCUGGACUAUACAGGCUCCAAUGCUGAACUAGCACACCGGCUCGAAGAUCGUGGACUACAGCAGGCGACUCUGCAAGACUACACGGUUCAUCGCAUGCUGAAUGGGUUGGCGGAAGGACAGACGGAAUUGCCGGCCGCGGCCUCGUUGCCGCAGGAGAGCAAUAUCGACUUUUUUGGUGGGAUCGAUUUCUUCAAGGGCUGCUAUGUUGGCCAGGAACUCACCAUCCGCACGCAUCACACCGGCGUGGUUCGCAAGAGGAUUUUGCCUUGUCAGUUGUACGGCCCUGGUGACGAUGCACCCUCUCAGUCUCUGCCGCAGUACGACCCGCGCGUGGAUCUCCCGGUGCCGCCUCCUCAGUCGAACAUCUCGAAGGCGCAUGCCCGAGGCCGCGGACGGAGUAGUGGGAAGUGGCUCAAUGGAGUGGGCAAUAUUGGUCUUGCGCUUUGCAGGCUUGAGAUGAUGACAGAUAUUCAAUUGACAGCGGAUCGAACAAACUAUGAUCCAAACGAGCGGUAUAAGGUGCAGUGGGAGGUCGAAGGGCAGGAUGGCCAAGAGGAGGUUAUGCUCAAGCCGUUUGUGCCGGCGUGGCUGAGGGAGGGUGUGGAGCAGAGUCUACGGCGAAAGGAGAAGAAGGCAAAGCCACGGCAGGAAGAAGACGAUUUUGAUGAGAUUGACUGA